UCGCUUCGCUCCCGACCAAUCGGAAGUGAGUAUUUUUCGCGCUGUUGGCCGCAGUGUUUGAUUUUCCCGCAAGCUGCUUCAGCCUCGACCUGAAUGAAAGGCUCCGUGUGACGGGAUGAGUCCGGACACUUUCUCCCUCUAACCACCGACAGGACCUCGACAGCUCAGUGAGCCUGGAGGGGGUGAGGUGGGAUGGACACUAAAGGUAGCUCUCUGCCUUCCAUGCCCGAACCAGCCAACCCCAUCAGCAUGAAGCAGCCGCCGGAGUCCCUCAGCGUACGCAAAGGUCGGGGGGACAUGAGCAGUGACCCUGCUCUGCUUAUGGACAAAGCUGCUGCCCAGCUGGCCGCCACGCUACAAGACGGCGUCCUCCAGAAGAUGGCCGGCCACAGUCAUAACAACCACGAGAGGCUCAAAGACCUCACCUCCCGUGUGCUGAACGGGGACCAAGACACGCUGCCCAAGCUUUGUGCUCCAGAUCCUCCCAUGCUGAAGGGUGCUGAGGCCCCUGCCACCAACGGCACCCACCAGCACAAUUGCACCCCUCAUACAGAAUCUGAACUGAAGGUGACAGUGCCCCAGGUGGUAGAGCAGCCGCCCUUUGAACCGUGCUGUGCCAACGGGACCAGUUUGGCCACCGCCACCGACGGUACAAUAUCUGGACCCGAGAAGAGGCAGGACGUGAAGAAAAGGGGGGGGAGACCUGUCAAACCAAAACUUCAAUUAAACCACAGCUCCUCUUUCAUCCCUCUGGAGCAAGCGGACCACACAAAUGCUGCAGAUGGAACCGGAGCAGCUGACAAGCUCAAUCUCAUCCCAGAGGUCAGGGUGGUGGCUACAGCAAAGUCUACUUUUCUGAUCCGCUUUGCUGUUGGUGAUUUGGUUUGGACGAAGGUGUCGGGUUACCCCUGGUGGCCUUGCAUGGUGACCACAGACCCAGAAUUCAGCCAUCACUUCAAACAGAAAGCAGCCAAUAGCAGGUCAGGCCUCCUUUACCAUGUGCAGUAUUUUGGAGAUGCCCCGGAGAGAGGCUACAUCUUUGAGAAGAACAUGGUGUCGUUCACUGGAGAGGAUCAAUUCCAGGAGCUCAGCCUGGGCAACAAACAGGCAGCCUCCUGCAACAUUCACAAAAAGACGGCUCCAUCUGUACCCCGCAAACUCCAGGCCCAGUGGAACAUGGGCAUCAUUCAGGCCAAGGAGGCCUUCAGCAUGUCGCUGGAUGAGCGCAUGAUGAACUUCACAUUUCAGUAUGAUGACGACGGGCCUCGUCUGAACCCACAGAUCCUGGAGAAACUGAAGCCAAAACUCUGCGACCAGAUGCACCAGGAAACCGUAUCACGUCUGAGCCCAGAUCUGCCCUCCGUGCUGGGUCCCAUUUCUUCUGAACCAGAUAAUCCAGUCGUACCUCAGAAGAAAAAGAGACGACCCAAACAGACGCCGUCUCCAACCAAGACGGUGAGGAGACGGAAAAAAUCUGCAGUGGAGAAAUCUUCCGACCCCGUGAGGAAAAGGAAAUCAAAGCUGGUGUCUCCAACAGAUGAUUCUUCAGAACAUGUCUCGCCCCCAGUUUCAGUUCCAGUUGACAAAGUGAAGAGAAGGCGAAAGAGAGAGACUCCUGCAGAGCAGACGACCGAUUCUUCAGUUAAGAAGGAGCCAAAGAAGACGCCUAAAAGGAAGCUAAUGGACUCCGCAGCGGACAAGGAUCAGCAGCCUAAGAGACGCAAAAUGAGCAAAGAUGCUGAAAAACAGGCCUCGACUUCAGAAGGAACGGAAAAAAAGCGAAGAAGAACGAAGAAAACUGACGUAGAAGUGAAAGAAACCAAGAGACGACAGAAAAAGUCAAAAGAUCCUCUGGCUGAUGAUCAAGAGGCAGAGAAACCAAAGCGCAGGAGGAAAAGGAAACAGGAUGGAGAGAACCAGGCCACACCUGCCAAGACGAAGAAGAGAAGGGCCUCCCCGUGUCCUGACCCCGAGGGCUCUGGGAGCGAAGGGCGUCCUGAUUCUCCGAGCGACAGCUUGGACGGGACAAAAAAGGGCGAACGGAAGAAAGAAUUUGUCUGCCAGAUGUGUGAGCAGGCUGGUGAGGACCUGCUGCCCUGUGAGGGACAAUGUUGUGGCAUGUUUCACCUCCACUGUCUGGGUCUGUCCUUCAAACCCGACGACAAGCUGCUGUGUCAGGAGUGCAGCACAGGAAUUCACUCGUGUUUCACCUGUAAGCAGUCAGAGGGCAAGCUGCUUCGCUGCCACGUCCUGCACUGCGGCAAGUUUUACCACGAGGGGUGCGUCCGCCUCAACCCCCUCACUCUGUUCGACAACAAGGGCUUCCGCUGCCCACUCCACACCUGCCUGAGCUGCCACUACGGCUGCCGCGCCAAGCACAAGUCCACCAAGGGUAGGUUAAUGCGUUGCCUGCGCUGCCCGGUGGCGUACCACAUCGGUGACCUGUGCGUGGCAGCCGGCAGUGAGAUGAUCACCAACACCGCCAUCAUCUGCACCAACCACUUCAACGCCAAGAAGGGCUACAGCCACCACAGUCACGUCAACGUCAGCUGGUGUUUCGUCUGCUCCAAAGGGGGACAGCUGCUGUGCUGCGAGUCCUGUCCCGCAGCUUUUCACCCCGACUGUCUGAACAUCGCAAUGCCUGAUGGGAGCUGGUUCUGCAAUGACUGCAGAGCCGGGAAGAAACCCAAGUACAGGGACAUCAUCUGGGUCAAACUAGGAACAUACAGGUGGUGGCCUGCUGAGAUCUAUCACCCGAGGAACAUCCCUACCAACAUCCAGCACCUUCGCCAUGAGAUCGGAGAGUUUCCUGUCUUCUUUUUCGGAUCCAAGGAUUACUUCUGGACUCACCAGGGCCGAGUGUUUCCCUACAUGGAGGGAGACCGAGGCAGCAAGCACCAGAGGACGGGAAUCGGAAAAGUCUUUAAGAACGCUCUGUUGGAGGCUGAAGCUCGAUUCAAGGAGAUCAAAAUGAAACGAGAGGCAAAGGAAGCUCAAGAGAACAGUCGAAAACCGCCGCCAUACAAGUUUAUCAAGGUCAACAAACCCUUCGGCAAAGUUCAGGUCUACACCGCAGACAUCUCCGAGAUCCCCAAGUGCAACUGUAAGCCGACGGACGAGAGGCCGUGCGGGUUCGAGUCCGAGUGUCUGAACCGCAUGCUGCAGUACGAGUGCCACCCUCAGGUGUGUCCCAACGGCGAGCGUUGCUGUAACCAGGACUUCACCAAACGUCUUUACCCCGAGACCAAGAUCAUCAAGACACCCGGGAAGGGCUGGGGCCUGGUCGCCCUGCGGGACAUCAAGAAGGGCGAGUUUGUGAACGAGUAUAUUGGCGAGCUGAUCGACGAGGAGGAGUGCAGGGCGAGGAUCAAGUACGCCCACGAAAACAACAUCACUGACUUCUACAUGCUCACCAUCGACAAGGAUCGGAUCAUCGACGCGGGACCAAAGGGAAACUACUCUCGCUUCAUGAACCACAGCUGUCAGCCCAACUGUGAGACGCAAAAGUGGACGGUGAACGGCGACACGCGAGUCGGCCUGUUCGCUGUCCGCGACAUCCCAGCAGGGACCGAGUUGACCUUCAACUACAACCUGGACUGCCUCGGCAACGAGAAGACCGUCUGUCGCUGUGACGCCCCGAACUGCAGCGGUUUCCUCGGUGAUCGUCCUAAGAACUCCAACGGCCAAACAGCCGAGCCAAAAGCAAAGAGGUUGAAGAGAAAGUAUAAGAAGAGGAAAAGCGAGGGAAAGAAAAAGUCCGAGGACGAGUGUUUCCGCUGCGGAGACGGAGGUCAGCUGGUGCUCUGCGGCAAGAAGAUCUGCACCAAAGCUUAUCACCUGUCCUGCCUGAACCUCACCAAGAGACCCUUCGGCCGCUGGGACUGCCCCUGGCACCAUUGUGACGUCUGCGGGAAAAACUCGGACGCUUUCUGUCAGCUGUGCCCAAACUCCUUCUGCAAGGCUCACCAGGAGGGGGCGCUGCGCCCGUGGCCUCCCACAGGGCAGCUGUGCUGUUUGGAGCACGAGGAGCUGGAGGGAACAGACAACCAGGACCAGGGCAUCAACUCGGAGGCAUCGACCGCCACCACCACCGCCGCCGCCGUCACCGGUCGUCCCCCUAAAGGCUCCAGGAAGGCAGACGGAGCCGAGGCCAAAACAAAGGGCUCUAAGAGGAAAGCAGCGGAGGCCUGAAGCGACCUUUGACCCCUCAGAGAGCCAAAACACCAAACCAGACUCUGACUCUUCCCUUGUUAUAAACAAAUAUAAACCCCUCGUUAUGCUGUCUUCAAGAUCACAAAAACCAAGGCACUGUACAUCUUCGUCGUCAGGGAAAGCCGCUUAUAUCUCACACGCUCGGCAACGACCUCCAGCUCCGCCGCUCCAGCUCCUCUUCGUUUCAUCUUUAACCAUUUUCAGGUUUUUAUUUGAACUUGUCUGCGGUGAAGCACAAAGCAGCAGCAGCAGCAGCAGAGCGAGCGCAGGUCAGGAAGCUGCGGACAGUGGACUCUAACUCUUCCACCAACCAAACUGCCUUUUCUUAUUUUAUUUUAUUUAGUUGUCUUUGUUCUGAUUCAGUUUUCAAACCGACGCGAGGAACCAGUUGGUUUCCGCUGGUGACGCUGUCCACUCACUUGAAUCUCGGCCGCCGCCGCCUCCCCUCGCUCCACGUGGACGAUCUUGAACGGCAGAGUUUUAUAGCUAUAUCUAUAUAUGUGUUUAUCGAAGACCAAAAUUAUAAUUACUGGAAUAUUGUGAGACAUCGAACAGGUUGCCAAAUGGAUGGUUUUUAUUUUUAUAUAUAGUAUAUAUAUAUUCCAGAUGUAAUAUCAAACACCAAGACACUAUGGAUCGG